GACCGUCCACCGUUAUGACGGGCAUUCCGACGUUUUUAUGAACCUUCAGAGAAGAAAAGCGAUUCGACCGUCUCCUCCCCUCUUUCUCCCUUCUCUUCGCCCUCCGAUCCGCACAGGCUCCGACGACGCAAUUCCAAGGCCGUGCGAUCAUCUCCAGUGUUCUUGGCCACAAUGAGUGAAGUAUUUGAAGGAUAUGAGCGCCAGUACUGUGAGCUUUCAUCAAGUCUCUCUAGAAAGUGUGCAUCAGCUUGUCUUCUGGAUGGAGAGCAGAAGAAGCAGAAAGUUUCAGAAAUAAAAUCUGGGUUGGAUGAUGCUGAAGCUUUGAUUCGAAAAAUGGACCUUGAAGCAAGAAGUUUGCAACCAAGUGUUAAGGCCAUGCUACUUGCUAAGUUAAGGGAGUACAAAUCUGAUCUUAACAAUUUGAAAGCUGAAGUUAAAAGGAUCACAUCAGCUAAUGCCAAUCAGGCUGCAAGAGACGAGUUGUUGGAGUCUGGAAUGGCAGAUACAAUGAUGGUUUCCGCUGAUCAAAGAGGAAGAUUGUUGAUGUCGACAGAACGGUUGAAUCAAUCUAGUGAAAGAAUUAAGGAGAGUAGAAGAACAAUUCUGGAGACAGAAGAGCUUGGUGUCUCAAUUAUGCAAGACUUGCAUCAACAACGCCAAUCACUCUUGCAUGCCAAUAACACACUUCAUGGGGUAGAUGACAACAUUGGCAAGAGUAAGAAAAUCCUCACUGCCAUGUCUAGAAGGAUGAGUCGAAACAAGUGGAUUGUCGGGUCCAUCAUCGGAGCACUUGUGUUGGCAAUCAUCUUAAUCCUCUAUUUUAAGCUCUCUCAUUAGCGGCCGUUCAUUGGACUUGGGAACUUCAUGGUUUGCAUUCUCUGAUUGCUUGAAUGUUAAUAUUUGAAGUUUUUCUCUUUUGCUUUUCUGUUGUGUGUCAUGUGUGUAAUAAGAUCCUAAUUUGUUUACUCAGGACUUCAGCUUUGGGUAGGGCACCUCUAUUUACAUAUGUUGUUUUGAUCUCCUUCCAAUGA